CGUCAUCUCGCAGUGUGCCGGUUGCUAAGGGUUGCCAUGGCGCCGCAUUCUGCCUCGCGACUCCGGCGCGAGCUCCAGAGAGAGAAACUUUGCUUUCGCAGGACUUGAAUUUUAAUCAGAAGAAUUUACAUGUAAGAGAGAAGACAAUGCAAUCUGAGAAGUGAUGGUGUAUGUGCCAAAAUACCUACUGUAAAUUGCGUACUUCCUGACAUAGUAUUGAAUUCUCAAUGUGAUGCGACCACCACUGGGUUGUACGUUUCUGGACAUCUCUGCUUUCAUCCAUUUGGAUCUGUGGACUAUGACUACGCGACAACAACCUGUAUGUUAAGGGCACUAUUUGAAUGCAAGAGUCCAGAAUUGAGGAGCACAGGUAUCUCAGAAGGUUGCAAAGCUGAAGGAGAUUACAGAGGCCUGUGACUGAAGAUGAGUUUAAAUAAUGACCAGAGCAUUCCAACGAGAAAUCCUGUGCCCAAUCCAGAAGCAACCUCAACAGACGCAAUGACAGACUCUCAAAAGGUUGCAUGCCUGCAGGCACAAGGAGAUGAUGCAUUGAGAAAAGAGAACUAUGAGGAGGCUGUGCAUUAUUACACCCAGGGUCUAAUGCUGGAUGCCAAGGACUGCCAGUUACUGUCAUGCCGUGCCUUGGCGUUCAUUCAGAUGAAGCAAUAUGAGGCUGCAAAGUUGGAUGGAGAAUUCCUGAUUCAGAUCCGGCCAGAGGCUCCACAGAAUCAUUAUUUGCUGUCCCUGGCUAACAGGUACCUUGGCCACACCCAAAAGGCUUUCCACUCCCUACUUCGUUGUUUGGAGCUGGAUUCAAUGCACCGGAAUGAGAUUGUGAAAGAUCUUUACAAAGCCACCAAGAGCUUGUGUAAAGUCGAAACACACGACAAGUGCUGCGAGGAGAAAGGUCUUGAAGAGCUGCUUCUGAAGAUUGGGUACCUGCUCUGUGAUGCUGCAUUACAUGAGCUCUGCAUUCAGCUGGUCAGCUCAGCUGUUCAGCUUUGUCAGUCAACAAUGAGUGAUUUAAUCCGAAUGCAGUUCCACCUGAUCCAUGCGAAUUGUUACUCAGCAAUAAACAACAAGGACCUAGCCAAAACAGCCUAUGAAAACUGUCUGAAGUUGGCAGUCAAGCUGAGGAGCACUCAAGAACACAUCAAGUGCUGUGCAGGUCUUGCUGAAGUACAUAUGACAGCUGGCCGCCCUGAACAUGCCAUACGAUACUACCUUGAACUGCUAGCAAUCCUGGAGCAUAAUGAACAGGAAGCCCGGGACCAAUACUCCGGAUAUGAGAGGCAUGCUUUAUCGAUCAGAGAGUUCUGGAGUUCGGAAAGACAGGUGAUGGUGUACCUGAACCUGACUAAGGCCUAUUGGAUUAUUCAACAGCACCAUAAAGCUUUAGUGUUUGGGAAGAAGUACCUGGAGCACUUAAUAGGAGGACCACCAACUGGAUACUGUCAGGACGUAACAUCUGCUUAUCAUCAGGUUGCGAAACUUCAGGAGAAAUUGGGGCUUUACAAUGAGUCUGUGAUCAACUACCAGCAGUAUUGUGAACUGAGCAAGAUGCUGGGCAACAGUACAGCAGCUGCAGAGGCCCAUGGAGCCAUGGGUGUCAUUCAUACAGUGCUCGGUAACUAUGACCUUGCAGUGACCCACACUCACCAGAGUUUCAACCUGUCCAAAUCCAUAGGGGAGCGACAACUUCGAUUAGCAGCAAUGAUUAGACUUGGCGACAUAUACAGGACAACAGACAACAUAGAGGAAGCAGUAAACUGGUACCAACAAGCUUGGGAUCAUGACUGCAGAGGGGACGAUCCUAAACUGAAGUGCCAGGCUGCUCUGGGUUUGGCGGAGGUUUAUAAAGAUACUGCUCAGUAUCGCCAUGCCUUGUACUUCUAUGAGCAGGCUCUGGAAGCUGCAGAGCUUGCUGGAGAGGAUGAAUGGAUCUACAAGUGUAAGUUUAAGAUUGCGUGCAGCUGUCAAUACUCCUACUUGGCAAAGGAGCUGAUGAAAGGAUUCAAUGCCUUUAAGGAAGUGAUAGCCUAUUACUGUUGGCUCAGUAGAAGAUUCAUAGUUGAGGGGAUCACUCUGCCAAAAGAGACCAAUGAUAUUCUUCUGGAGAGUUAUGAUGGGAUCCAAUCAAUCCUUGAAAAGCUGGGUGACAGUUUAAAGGUCUUUCAGUAUGCAGAGGCUGGCAGGAGACACAGAUUUCUAACCUAUACAUUCAUGAUCGAGGAGCCCCCAGUUUGGAACAGUAUGAUGGAUGAGCCUUCAAUGUCAUUCAUCCCAAGCAUCGAGGAGCUUUAUAGGAUUCUAGAUCUCCUGUCUGGGCCAGUGUUGUAUUACUCACUGGUAGACACAGGUCUCUAUUUGUGGGUGCUGAAGGCAAAGGAAGGCCUGGUCCACUUUCAUGCCACGAGCAGUGCGGUGUCAGAAACAAUCCACAGCCAGAUCUGCCAGUUCCUGCAGCUGGUGAAGAACAAGUCCCUGCUUUAUGAGACUGAGGCCAGGAACAUCCCGAAGAGAAGGCUAAGGCAAACCACUGUCGGGAAACGGAACAAGAGAAAACGGGUGCCCCGCUCAUCGUGUAAAGAUUCCCCGACAACAGAGCGUCUGCUGGAAGGUGAGGAGGAGAUUGAGCAUUGGAAACAAAUGUACCUGCUGCUCUUUGGACCUGUGACUGAGCUGAUGGAGGAACUGCCGGAAGGCAGCGACCUCCUCAUCGUGCCUGACAAGCACCUCAUCCAGGUUCCCUUUGCAAAUCUGCCGGAUUUGAAGAAUAAGAAGCUGGGAGAGAGAUUUUGUGUUACCCUUGCUCCAUCUUUGUUUGCGAUUGAAAUUGUGGCAAAUCUGAUUAAAAAUCCUGUUACGAACAAGGAAGAGAGGCCUGCUACAACAAUGGCUAUGCUGGAACAGAUGGGUGGACCUCACCACGAACUCUAUGGGCUACAGAAGUUGGGACUCAUGGACACUGUGAAUCACCUUGUCAACUGUACAUCCACAAACACCAUUGUUGCCAGAUCACCAUACUUCAUUCCACCAUUCAAACAGAUAUUAAGCAAAUCUCAGGCACUGGUCGUGGGGAGCCCACAUUUCUCUUCACCGUUAUCCUUAUGGGGAAGAGUUUGGAAGCCAUGGGGACCAUUAAUCGGAGCCCAGAAGGAGGUUAUCAAGGUGGCUGAGUAUCUGCAAACAGAGGCAGUCAUGGGUGAAGAAGCCACCAAAAAGCUUGUGCUGAGCCAACUUCCACACAUGACAAUUGUGCACAUCGCAACUUAUGGGAGCUGGGAGGACGGCGUGUUGGUCUUUACCCCACACCCACCUCCAGUUGCAGGAGAACUAGUGGAGGAGCGUUCCUAUUUACUGACCAUUCCUGAGAUCCUUGAGCUGAAACUGAAGGCUAAAAUUGUCGUCCUGUCUAGCUGUGGAGAUGGAGGAACUAACCAGGAUCCUGUGGUGCCGUUGGAACUGCCCACUGCCUUCCUCAGAGCUGGAGCUACUUCUGUGCUGAUACAGAUUAAACCAGUUCCUGUGCAGGCCUUGCUUACCUUCUAUCAUCACUUCUACAUUGCUCUGUGGAGUGGCUCUUACAUCAGUGGUGCCAUGGAAUAUGCAAAGUACCAGAUGCAGAAUGACACCAGAUUCGGAAGGUAUUGGUGUAAUUUUGUGUUGCUUGGAUUGGACACGUUUGUCAAUCUGCUGGAUGUUAAACAUGACAUGCUGCACUGGACCAUGGAGAAGGCUGAGGAAGACGUGGCUCAAAGUACCAAACAGGACUGGCUGAAUCCUGCAGUGUAUACCCCUCCAGAUCAAGAAGCCCUUCUACUAGAGAUGCAGAAAAGUCUUGAGGAACUCAUUGUAAAUCAAGGUUCCAUGUCGUCAGUGCUGAAGCUACUCCAUCUGCUAAUGACAGAGGCCAUUAAGCGACUGUCUCCCACAAACGCAGAUAAUGUUACAGUGAAGUUGACUGCAAAUAUCAUUGGAAUCCCAGGAGUAUCUUCCAUGUUAAAUUUACUGGGAUUUCGCUUUCAAUCCCUGGCACCAGAACCUUCCAAAAUGGGAGACAGGACCUUCUUGGCAUGUGAACAGGCAGCAAUGGGUGAUGUUUUGACUCAUUCUACACUUCCCGUUUCCCACGCUCACCCUGUGGCUGUAAUUUUCCCACACUGGAAUCCAGAUAGGCUGCUUGGUAUCGCACAGCAAGCUAUUGCAGCUCUGAUCGAUCUCAGUGCCUGCUCUCAGUGUGUGAAUGCCUUGAUCUGGAUUCUGCCCCUGACCUGUGAACGACUGGAACAGCUGAUCAAUUUGCUGGAAAAGUGUCGGUCACCACCCACUGUGUGCCCUAAACUGAUGGAGAAAGAGGUGGCAAGCCUUUGGAGUCAACCCCAUCUCCGAGACUUUCUUCAGGUUAUUGGAUACGAGCAAGCUGGACGCUACCUGUUCCAUAACCCCAGGGACCUCAAUAAAUCACUGCUGCUGGGAAGCCUCAACCUCUUCUUAGCUCUGCGUCCACAGCCAAUACAGAGUCUCUCCAAACCAGACCCUCAGCAACACUCCUCAGACAGUGUGAGAGAACAGCAAUCCGGAGGGGGUAAACCGGAAACAGUGACACAGGGAGAGGAACAAUCCAGAGGGGGUAAACCGGAAGCAGUGACAGAAGGAAAGGAACAGUCUGGAGAGGAUCAACAGCAAACAGCGUCACAGAUAGAGGAACAAUCUAGAGAGAGUCAGAAGGAAAGUUCAGUAGAUACCCAGAGAGACGAAGAUACCAGACAGGGCUCUCAGGAAAGUUUAAUAAAGACCAGGAGAGACAAAAAAACCAAGCAGGGCUCUCUGAGAAAUUUAAUAGAUACCAGGAGAGACAAAAAAACCAGACAGGGCUCUCUGGGAAGUUCGAUAGAUACUGGGAGAGAGAAGAAAAUCCGACACAGCUCUCAGAAUGCCACGUUAGCAAAAAUUAAGAAAAACAGACAGAGGCAUCCAGAAACUACAACAACAAGAAAUAAGAGAACCAAAUGCGGUGUACAGGAAGCCUCAGGCCUGAGCGAUAAACAGGCUGAUCGGGAUACUCAGCAAACUGCAGCAGAUCACGAGAGAACCAAAUAUCCACCUGAAAAGCCGAAAGUCUGUCUAAACACCCUGAAACCAUUAUUGGUGCUGAGACAUCAGAUCAUGAUGCAGGCUCCGUGGCUUACUGUCAACCCAACCUCAGAGGAAGUGCGGGUUAAGCAGGACCUGGCAAACAGAUUGAACUGUCUACAUUCUCAACAGAAAGCAGAAGUGCACCGUGUGGAGAUGUGGCACAGGAAAGCUCUGACAGAGCUGGAAAAGAAACCAGAGAAGCCAGCAAUCAAGAGACAAGUAAAUGACGGUUGUCCGAAGAAGGCCAAGGUGAAAGGGCCCAGGACCCCCAGUACAGUCCAGAUCCCCUUCGACACGUCUACAGCAACGCCGCAGAAUGUGGCACUGCGCUCAUCCGCACAGGAGAUCAUCAAGGAGCAGGAGGAGAAUGUGCGGCAGCGGCACCGAGCUGCAGUCAAAGACCUUUUCCUACCUUUUAUUGAGCCUUUGCCUUGACAUUGCAUAUGUGCAUGUGCGUGUGUGUCACUCUGUGUUUAUCCAGCCUGCACACGGUGCUGACAUAUGUCAGGAUCUCUCUGGAGAGGAACAAACCCAUAUCUCAAUCAAACAGACACUGGGGGACAUUUCUCAGAUUCCAGCAUGUCACAGACACUGACAUCAAAUGAUCUGACCAUUUGAAUAAAUUUAGCAACUAAUUCUACAACCUAUAGUGGUUUCUCUCAAUGCCUGAAUCAGUGGCAUAGUAGAUGUACAGGGUUGGAGGGGAGGCUGCCUGCUGCUUGGGUUAUCAAUGACUGGCAGACUGCUAACUGUGUGUACGAUGUGGGAUGGGACUCACGCACAGGAGACUUGAAUUUUUGAUUUGAUUCGAAAAGUUUUGUUUUUCUUACAGUACAAGCAGAUCAUAGGGUGAUUAAACAGGGUGAGGAAGACAAAGUGACAGCUACAAAGAAGGUGCGCAAGAAGCGAGAUCAACAUUAGAUUUGAAAUUUGAGAGGUUCAUUUGGAAGUCUAAUAGCAGCAAGGAAGAAGCUGGUCUUGAAUCUGCUGGUACGUGCAUUUGAGCUUUUGUAUCUGCCCGAUGAAAGAGGUUGGAAAAAAUUAUAAUUGGGAUGGGAGGGGUCUUUUAUGAUGUUGGCUGCCUUUCUGAAGCAGUGAAAACCGUGGAUGGAGUCAAUGGAUGAAAAGUUGGCUUGUGUGGCAGACUGGUCUGUGUUCACAAUCACGGUCUUCCUCCCCGGAAAGAUCUUGUGAACAAGGCUAGAUUUUCCAACUAAGGUGAUCAUAGCCCUGUCAUUGUGGAUCAUGCACACAAAGAUUGGAAAAUCAGGCAGAAAUGAAAUACACAAAUAUUCAGCUAAUGAAGGACAGUGAGCAGUUAACUGAAGUUCUUUAUUGUUCUGUUGAUCAGGGAACUCACUGAGCAAGGAUGAUAAGAAGUAUUCAGAACUGGAGUUUCACUGCUUCAGGCUAAAUGCCUUCAUGGGCUAUUAGAUCGAAUCAGCUCUCUCAUUAACCUUUUCAGGAGUGGACAGGGUGAGUAGAGGAUUGUGAAGCAGGUUUUCAAGUGGCAGACCUGGACUAAGCACGUCUGUGAGUACAAUUCCGGUCACAGCUCCCCUGGGGAACCCUUGCUACAGCUGGGCAGAAAGAGUGGUCUGAAGCAAUGCAACUCAGCUGCACAAAAAUCCUUCACUAUGGGAAGGAUAAUUUCAGAGAUUCGACAUUAGCAAUCUGGCCUAAGUGGAUUGGAGUCAAAAAUUGGUCGGCAAACAGUAAUGAGGAACAGGAAUAAUGGGAUGCCUCCAAGUGAGGUGAGAGUUUGCGGCAACCAGGCACAUUUCAAGAAGGAAGCACAUUGAAAGUUAGAGCACGCUGGAAGAUUAGAGACUUUGGAGAGCAGUUUCCACUCAUCUGCACUUUGCUCGAUAUCAGACAAAGCAUUGUAAAACAAUUUGCUGGUACAUAGUUUAAAAAUAUCUCUUAGCAACCAGACCUGGGCCUCAGCAUUGGUCAGGAUCCCCACCUACGUUAAUUGUCAUGUUGAGUUCCUGCUGUUUGUGCCUGAAUUUACAAUCCUUGGAGGAGCCUCUUAAACUGAAGCUUGUUUAUACAGGGGCAAGAGCACAAAUAAACACUCUACAAACACUAUUAGACAAUAAAAAUUAUUUUGCCAAUUAUUAUUUGCCUUACUCAGAGCUGGCUUGUGGGCAAAAGUGAAACUAGCAACUGCUCUGUAUAAUUUUUUAAGGUAAUUUUCAAUUAUUUCAAAUCAGGCCAUUCACCAGACACUAAUAAUUAAAAUUUGUAUAUUUUGUGAUAAGCCCAUAUGCGGCUGUAUUAAUAAAACUGCACCAGGUUUGCAACUCUUACAUA